CUCGUCUUCGAGAAUCCCGUCCCCCGGGGACACAGGAACUGAAUAGCGAGAUGGUGACGACCUGGGGGUUGCCUAGACGUAAGCUCACGCGCGUGCGAUCCCCGAUAUAAAGGGCGAGCUUUGGGGAAGCGCCCUUGACUUUGUCCGACGGAUUGAAGCCCUGCGAUCUAUUGACCUCGCGAUGAAGUUCCUCACUGUGUGUGCUGCCGUGCUCGGCGUCGCGUCCUACGCUACUGCCAUGCCUCUCGAGAAGCGUGCACAGUGCGCUGCGACCCUCAGCACUGCUCACAGCGUCGCCGACCGUCUCCAGAGCGGAUACUGGAAUGGCGGAGGCUGGGGUAUCUUCUGGACUGACGCGAACACCAUCGAGGACUUGUACAACCUCAUGCUCGCGGACGGCACGACCUCCUUCGAUGUAAUUGAUUCGACGACCAUCGGUCAGCUCGCACGCCGCCAGGACUACAACGCCUGGGCAUCCGCCAUCAACGGAGCCUGGGAUGACGCGCUCUGGGUCACGCUCGCACUGUGGAAGGUCGGUGACUACAAGGUCACCCACGGCCAAGAUUCUGCGCCGUACUACAACAGCGGAAACAUGGUCUACGACAUGGUCGCUGCCGAGUAUGACACCGCGACCUGUGGCGGUGGGGUGUGGUGGAACUCGGCGCACACGUACAAGAACGCCAUCACGAACGAGCUCUUCCUCUACACCUCAGCAGCACGCUACAACCGCUGGCACGACCAGGCUCACUUGGACAAUGCCAAGAAGACGUGGAAUUGGCUCAAGAACUCCGGCAUGCGCAACGGCGACGGUCUCUGGAAUGAUGGCCUCAACAGCGCCUGCCAGAACAACGGCCAGGAGACCUGGACGUACAACCAGGGCGUCAUCGCCUCCGGCCUCGGCGCCCUCUACGUCGCCACCGGCGACGCCAGCUACCUCACCGAGGCCGAGAUCACCCUUGACGCCACCAUGGCGCACAAGACCGUGAACGGCAUCCUCAAAGAGGUCUGCGAUGACGUUGCGAACUCGAGCUGCAACAACGACCAGGCGAUGUUUAAGGGCAUCUGGAUGAAGCACCUACAGUUCUACCUUGACGCGGCGCCAGACCAUGCGGCGAAGUAUAGCGGGUUUAUUGGCGCGCAGGAGAGUGCGGUGGUGCACUAUGCGACUGGCUCCGGUUGGACGGUCGGCAACGUGUGGUACGCGCCCAGUCAGGGCGGCUCGCGGUUCACGGCGCAGACUCAGACCUCUGGGAUCGCCGAACACGUCUCUGCCGCCAAGUACGGUCCUUGCUAAACUGCAAUUGGGAAACGAAUUUAAACGCGAAGGGCGACUGGCUGGAUUUUGGGGCUUAUUUAUUAUCGGGGUACACCUUCGUCGUUCGUUUACACUUACUGUAGGGUCACAAUAACACUAGCUAAUGGAGAGCGAAAUACGCGCAGCCUUCUGUCUCCCU